AUGGCCCCCAAGAAGAACAAGCAGCGUGAGAAGCAGGAGCAAAGUCGCGCGUCCUCUAGUGCACGUGCGCACCAAUCGCUACUGUCCAGUGCAGGCUCCAAUGCCGCGCCACCAGCUUUCAUCGGCUUCGCAAGCUUCGCGCAACCAGCGCCCAAUGCCAUACAGGCGACGCCAAAGACCGGCGCGUUCUACGCCAAGCCCGUAGUACAGAGUAUCUACGACGGAUCAGACCACGAGAUUGCGCUGGCACUUAAAAUGCUGGCCAAGAAAGGAGCCGUGACUAAGAUCAAGGCACUCCAGACCUUCCUCACGGACGUAUUGCCUCCCCGCCAGCCGGCUGAGAUCCGUCCAAUGCUCGGCCACUUCACGCAGCUCUACACCUUCGAGAUGCGCGACCAGAACGAUCGCAAAGUCCGUCAAAUGCUUAACGAAGUGCUAGCCGCACUAGCCGACAAGAUGCGGCCACGAGCCUUCGUCCCGCACUUGCAGCGACUGUUGCCCUACUGGUACUUAGCAAUGCACGACGUCAAUGCGGACGUGGCUACAGUAGCCAAUAAGGCAUUCAAUACGCUGUUCCCGGAGACCGAAAUGCACAAAACAGUGCUGGAGGACCACCUUCCAGCUAUUAUGGAAGAGUUCCAGAGCUUCUUCUCCAAAACUCCCGAUGCAUUCGAAGGAAUCCCCUUGCAACCUGACGAGAAAGAAGAACGAUACGAGCGAUGCGUCUCCGCUGCUGUGCUCAGUAUUAACGCAGUGAUUAAGUUCUUUAGCAGCCAAGACAUGACAGACACGUUAAAUGACCACGAUGCCAGUCUCUCAGUUGCCACGGUGGUAUCAUCUGACAAGUUGACGCGUCUAGCGACUGCAGCGUCCAAACAUCCGAAUUUCUCGCGUAAUAUCGUGAGGAGAGCAGUGUACGUGCUGCUUGUGACACUCUGUACAGACGCCAAGUCGAUUAUUGCUGCACGUGAAGAAUCUUUUGGCAAGGUGGUGCUUGGAAUCCUCGGGGAUAAAAGCCCUGCUAACCACGAAGCCAUGUGGAAUGCUGUGCUCACGUUCCUACACACUUUCCCCACUGUGUGGCAGUCAAGUACUAGCUUCCCCAAGUUCGUGACUAGUGCUGUGUACCCACGACUGUUUGCCCAGAUCAGACAUGGAUUUCACGGUUCUGGACGCUCGUCGUUCCCUUCGUUACUGCCGUUUUUGUCGCUGGUCCCUCUGAAUGUCGCUGUUAACUCUGUCAAGGGGCAGUCAGCAUUGUAUACUGGAGUGUUGGAGCAGUGUUGGAAGUUUAUCGAGUCGAAGGACGCACGCUUCAGUGAGCCGCCAGCCAUUACUGCGUUUUACGAGUGUAUCACAGGCAUGUUCAUUAUCUUCUUGAAGGAAGACGCGGCGUGGCUAAGUGGACAAGAUGCGGAGACGAACUAUGUGAACCAAUUCGAGAAGGUCUUUGUGUCUUCGCUCACGACGACGCUGAGCUCUCCGGAGUUUCCAGAGGCAGAAGUCGGACUCUUUGCUAGUAGUUUGAUGAAGCUGAACAGCCGUUUACGCACUUUUUCAAGUGAUUCCGCUGUGCUUGACAGUCUGAAGGAGGAUUUUGCGGAGAAGCUUCAUUCGUGGACAAGACAAGCUAUCAGUGCGAUGGUAAAUAAGAUAAUGUUCGUGCCUUCGAGGAGAAGUGAAGACCAUGAGGCUGCGCAGUGGUUGUUGACGAGCAAGGAGCUUUACGCACAGUGCCUUGACCAGGUGGACAGUCUAGUAGCCGAACCAACGUUCUCUCCAGCCAAGAACACGUCGAUUGCGCAGUUGUUGGAGGCGAUUAAUGGCACGCAUUUCGAGGAUCAUUACCGCCCCGUGCUUCGCGUGUUGUCCGAAUGGAAGCGAUCAGUCGGUAACAAGAGUGUGGACAAAACAAUGCGUGCUACUCUACAGCUCACGCAGCCAUUUUUCCUUGCUGCAAAGGAGAAGAAGCAGUUUUUGCUGCAGCUUUUCAAGGAUUGUGAUGUUCAGUUCGGCGAUAUGAAGGAGGCGAGCGAUAUCAUUCAGUACGGACUGCAGUUCCCGAUUACAGAGCAGAGUAGCAAGUUGUGGUUGUCUUGCGGGAGACUGCAAGCGAUCUGGCAAGGCAAGCUGCUUGACGAGUUCUUGAUGAUCAGUUUGAAGGGAAGACUUGACGACUUGGACGCCGGUGCCUUUUCUACGCUUUUAAAGGCCUGUCUUGGCAGUCUGACUAGCUCUCCGGUCGUGAGUUCUGAUGCUGUGGUGAUCCUGUGUCACUUUGUGCUUCAACACGGCGCAGACAGCAGCGACGCAGUUGUGGUGCAGAUGCUGACGCAGCUGUGCGAGUUGUUUUUCAAGCUCAACGGAGAACUACCCGCUGAACUCGAAGCUGUCGAAGGUCAGCUGUACAAGCAGCUCUUCCACCUGUCAGCAAGAGGCAGCUACCGCGCGGAAGCUAGUGCUCUGUGGGCUCGAACUGUGCGCCACUCACUCAAGAAUUGGUCGAGAACGCGAACAGAGGCGUUUGUGAACGAAUUGGCUGGAUACAUCAAUGAGCUCCUCCUUGCAGACUUGCCAGCAGGAACUGUGUCGUUCAACACCAAGUUGUUUGCAGCGUACGUUAAGAGCUACGUGCAGCUUGGCGCGGACCAGACGUUCUUCUCAGCCUCGCAGCUUGUGGUGAAACUGGAUGCGAUCAACUUGCGAUGCAGUGAGGAUUGUCAGCAGACGUUAUUCUACAGUCGCGUGCUGUCGGGUUUGGGACAAGUUUGUGAGGAUGAACAAGUCGUGGACGUCCUGCAAGCGUACUUCACUUCGUUGGCAGCUGAGGAUGAAGACAAGGCGGUGGAUCUUUGUGCCAAGCUGGUGGAUCUCGAUGUGACCCAUGCGUUGACCUGGGUCGUGUUCCAUUCGGACGAUCACAUUCAGCGUGGCGUUGAUCUUGUGGAGAUUUUGGAGAGCUAUCUGACUCUGGAGCAUUUGUAUGAAGCAUUGAAGGUUGGAGUGCACCGCGACUUGGUGUUCUUGAGCAAGAAUCAAAGUGCUGUUACGAGUCAGAAAGAGGGUGCACUUACGCAAAAGCAGCACACGAAGCUGGAUGAACUCUGUGUUGCAGUGUUAUCCACUUUUAGCUCCGUUGCGAAGCGAGUGCAGUUCGUACAGGAGCUGGUGGAACGAAACGGUGACUGGAAGACGGAAGCUACACAGAUUGUUGCUAUCUCACUGUAUUCGGAGCAGGAAAUUAACGAUGAAGUUGUGGCAGCGCUUGAGAGCUUCUUUGCUCUCUGCGAUCGUGACGUUGUCUCCGAGUCUGCGAGUGGAUUGUUUGAGUAUUUGCGAUUAACUACGCGAGGAGUAAAAGAGGAAGGCAGGCUAUCCAGCUUUUCCAAGCGAGAAGUCAUCAAUCGCUCGACGCAGGAAUGUGUUAUUGAUCAACUAGUGGAGAUGCUCGCGCCGAGCUCGUCCACUGUUGUGGAAGUUGAUGAAUGGAUUGCUAUCACGGAGUAUGUGGGAGCUCUCGCUGUGUACUUGCCUGACGCGACGUCUGAAUUACGAGAUAAGUGGGAGAAACUUGCACGAUUGCUAGUGACGCAUGCGAUUGCCGGCAAGUCCGAGACGGCCAAGACUGCUGCGCUUAAGAUCCAGAAGCGCAGCUCGAGUCUCGGGGACCGACGGAUCAUCAAGAGCGACGAGGAGCAGAUUGUGCUUGGCUACUCUAACGAGGUCGUCACUGCGCGCUUGGCUUUGAUGGAACUCGUGAGUGCGAUGUACGACUCCAACCCCGACGCGCUACACGAGCUUGCUGCUCACUACCGUGAAGCACUUCUAUCCACGGUACUCUGUGCUCUUUCAGAGAGUGCUGAGAUCAAGGCAAGUAUCGUGACCACAUACGUGGCGUUAACGUCUCCAUCGCAGUGUUUUCAGCUUGUCACUCUCUGGUUCGGUGUCGAAAAGGUACUUGAAAGUGUUCUCUCCGCGUUGCGUUCGACGUUGACGAGUAUCCACGACGCUGAUCACGUGAAUCGUCUUGUAUUGGAAUCUUUCGGUGGCAUUGAAACCCUCGCAUCUCUGUUCAAUAGCAAGCGCUAUCCACUGCAACCAGUGCUGCGUUUGUUGCUGUACAUCCUGGCGUCGUACAGCGGAGCGCUACGUUUGCAUAACUACGACGCGAAUGCAAUCGAUGUGAAUGCUGAGGACGAGGCAGCGACUGAAUCUGCGCUGGCUAAGGUGCUGAUCCCCAAGGCUCUGCGCUCAGCGUUACGUGCUGUGUUCACGGACAAGAGUGGGGACAAUAGCGCUGCCAAUAUCCGUAUGCGCAGUCGUAAACAAAAGUUGCAGGAGCGAGAGGAUAUCACGGGCAAGUUGCUACUCUGGGAUCUGUUCCUCCAACUGUUCCCCUCAAGUGGAAGCGACAGCAGUGACGGCAAUGGUCCUUCAUCUACACUCAUCGCGUCGUCGCUGAGCUCCUACGUCUCGCGUCAUGGAAUGCUCACGAGUUUCCUGAACUUCAGUUCCUCAUUGUUAUCGCAAGACGCAUCGAAGAUGGCGACGGCGGAGCUACAAGACACUGCGCUCUUUGACGUCACAGACUUGGACAAGAAGGAGAACGAUGAGACCUGGAGUCUUGACAAAACUCACGUGUUCCAACUGGGCACGCGUGUCUUCUUCCGGACUGUGGUUCGUCUCCCUGCAAUGGUGCGGUCUUGGUGGAAUGAUGAUUGCUCGCGAGCCACGAGAAGCUGGGCUGCCAAGUACUUUGAGGACCACAUCACUCCGUCAGUGCUUGCAGCUGAGCUGGAACUAAUUCAAAAGGCAAGUGAGAACACAUCUACCGAGUCGUGGGACGAUGAAGAGAUGACAGUGAAGGGCAGUCGUGUGUCUCGGGAGAUCACCACGACGUAUAUGAAGGACGAAUGCGCUUUGGAAAUGGUUGUGCGUGUGCCGUCUUCCUACCCGCUGCGUUGUGUGGAGGUCGAGUGUACGAAGCGUAUCGGUAUCUCGGAAGAUCGCUGGCGGCGUUGGGUGUUGCAAAUUAUUCGAGUGACGUCGUCUCGUGAUGGUUCGUUGCUGGACGCUGUGUUGCUGUGGAAACAUAAUGUGGACAAGGAGUUUGAAGGAGUGGAGCCGUGUCCGAUUUGUUACUCCAUCCUGAACCCCAAGAACAUGGGGUUGCCGUCGUUGCCAUGCAAAACAUGCAACAACAAGUACCACAAUUCGUGUCUGUACAAGUGGUUCAACCAAUCUGGCAAAAACAAGUGUCCGAUUUGCCAACAGCCUUUUUGCUAG